AUUUAAUUUCAUAGACUAUUCCUUGGUUGGCAUGCUUAGAAGAGUAUCGGGCGCGUCAAGUUUGAAACGCCACAGGAAAGCUCCAUGACGAAGCUCAAUUCGAGGUAUUGGUCAUCACUGUAUAAAACUUAUGUGUUGGGAGCCAGGCAUAAAUUGAGUGUAAUUUAUUGAGCGAUAUAUUGCAUGCCAAUGCCACAAAAGCGCUCUGCAAUGGUCGCAGAUUAUCGGUAUCUAGCCAUACGGAUGCAACGGAUUAAAGUUGUAUCUAUUGUAAUUCAUAAAGAAAUCCCCGCACAAUUAUCUUUUGCAUAUGAAUAAUAUGACGCCGCCUGCGCUCAGUCAGCUGGUGGGUAACACAAGCAACACGAAAGCGGGAAGUGAGAUCAUCGACAGGAACAGAUGGAUCACACGGCGGCCUCGGAUGACUCCUGCCAAGAAAAAGAAAACGGGACAUGUGAGGAGCUGCCCAGUUCUGACAUGGUCCACGCCCAAAUCCUCUGGAAUCCUUUUCUUGAUCACAACCCUCCAAGUUUAGACCGCAGAUAGAAUUAGAAGACAUGGCACCACUCCUUGCCGAGGAAGUCAUCAAACAUUCCGCAUACAGUACCGUCAAUUAUAACCUCCCUGCCACAACGUCCGGAUCAUGUACUGUGGCGCAAAACAGGCGAGGAGGGCCCCUGAACAUUAACUAUGAGAUCCAUGGCUCUGGCCCAGUGAAGCUCGUGUGGGUAAUGGGUCUCAAUGCAAGUCUCAAGGACUGGAGGCGUCAGACCAAAUACUUUGGUCACCAGCAUGCUUCCAAAUAUUCUUGCCUGGUUUUUGACAAUCGUGGAGUCGGCCGGUCGGACAAACCGAUCUCUUAUUACUCCACAUCCGAGAUGGCUCGAGAUGUAGUAGACCUGGUCGCCUCGCUGGGCUGGAUCGACCUUGCUGCUCCCCCUGAACGAUCGAUCCAUGUCAUCGGUGCUAGUAUGGGUGGCAUGAUCGCUCAAGAGAUUGGAAUGCUCAUUCCGGAUCGCCUAUUGAGCCUGACCCUCUGCUGUACCGCUCCGCGCCUGGUUCGGACAGGUCCAUUCUUCGAGAACUUGCGCGAACGGGCAGGCAUGUUCAUUCCCCGCCAUGUCGAUAUCGAGCUCGAGAGGAUGGCAAGGAGUCUCUUCCCCGAGGAUUUCCUCGCCGAACCAGACACGGAGUACGAGGACCCGGCGAUGAACUUUCCCACCAAGCGUGAUCGGUUUGCUGCUGGUAUGUUGCAUAAGCGGGCUGACACCGAAGCGCAUACGAAGAAAGGAUUCAUGAUGCAGGUGUUGGCCUGCUAUUUCCAUCACAAGUCAGCGGAGCAGCUCAAAUCUUUGGGAGAUCAAGUGGGGAGGGAGCGGAUCUUCGUGUGCCAUGGCACCAGAGACUUGAUGCUGACCUUCCGCCAUGGGGAAAUAAUACGCGAGGAGAUCGGUGACGGAAUCCAAUGGAAGGUCUUUGAAGGCAGCGGCCAUAUGCUGGGCUGGGAGAGGGAGCACGAGCUGAACAAGAUGCUUGAAGAGUUUGUGGACAGAUGCACCUGAAAGAUACCUGCUGGGGUUCCUCAACAGGAUUUAUCAUAGAUGAGUGUACAAUAGACCCAGCUGACCUUGACUGGACGGACAGGGUUGAUGCGUGAAUCAAAACCGGGCUUGAAGGAUGUCGUAUUCCAGGGGGCUGCGAUGCUCGUGAUCGAGGCGCCGCAGUCACCCGUUCCCAAGUCUAGGCUGACCAUUCCAGGCCCCUCCCGCCAUCAUAAUGCAUAUAGAGAGCAAGCACACCCUGUCUAAUUCCGCCCCCC